AUGCACGAGGUCGAAUGUGCACUACCAUAUGGAUAUGAGAUUUCCAAUUUGACAAAGGAAGAUGCCAGAGAUAUCCACCAAUCAUCUGAAACUAAGGAGCCAUUCGAAACCUUCAGUCUCAACGAAGUGCCCUUCAAGCUGGUACCCUCGUACCUGACAUCUAUAGUUGAUUCAUCCCAAGAGUCUCCGUUCUGGACCUUGUGGUCCCGAAACUCAUUUCCAGUGCCAUACGUCAUACAAAUAUUUGAAAAGUCCACGUAG